GGCAUGGCCCGGGGGCCCCGGGGCGCCGGCAUCCUGCCAGGCCGCCUGCUGCCGCUCCUGCUGCUGCUCUGCCUGGCCCGCGGCGCGCCCCGAGGGCCGGGCGCCGACGAUUUGGAUGUCUGUGCCACUUGCCACGAACAUGCUACCUGCUUGCAGAGAGGAGGGAAGAAGAUGUGUAUUUGCAAAUACGGAUUUGUGGGCAAUGGGAGGACUCAGUGUAUUGAUAAAAAUGAGUGCCAGUUUGGAGCCACUGUGGUCUGUGGGAACCACACAUCUUGCCACAACACGCUUGGAGGCUUUUAUUGCAUUUGCCUGGAAGGAUAUCGAGCCACAAACAACAACAAGACGUUCAUCCCCAAUGAUGGCACCUUUUGCACAGACAUAGACGAGUGUGAGGUUUCCGGCUGGUGCAGGCAUGGAGGACGGUGCGUGAACACUCAUGGGAGCUUUGAAUGCUACUGUAUGGAUGGAUACUUGCCACAGGGUGGGCCUGAGCCUUUCCAUCCAACCAGAGAUGCCACAUCGUGCACAGAAAUAGACUGUGGCACCCCUCCUGAAGUCCCAAAUGGCUAUAUCAUAGGAAAUUAUACCUCUAGGCUUGGCAGCCAGGUUCGUUAUGCUUGCAGAGAAGGAUUCUUCAGUGGCCCAGAAGAUACAGUUUCAAGCUGCACAGCCUUGGGCACAUGGGAAUCCCCCAAAUUAAGUUGCCAAGAAAUCGACUGUGGCCACCCUCCAGAAGUGCAGCACGCGGUCCUGGUGGGGAAUCACAGCUCCAGCCUGGGCGGCGUGGCACACUAUGUCUGUCAAGAGGGCUUUGAGAGCCCUGGAGGAAAGAUCACUUCCGUUUGCACAGAGAAAGGCACCUGGAGAACAAGUACUCUGUCAUGCACAGAAAUAACCAUAGAAAUUAAUGACGUGUCAGUGUUUAAUAACACCUGUAUGAGGUGGCAAAUACACCCAGGAAGAAUAAACUCCAGGAUCUUUUAUGUGAUAUACAUAAGAGGACAACGGUUGGACCCAAUGGCAUCAGUUCAUGAGGAGACAGUUAAUUUGACCACAGACAACGGGACCCCAGAAGUGUGCCUAGACCUGUACCAGGGCACCAACUACACCGUGCACAUUUCAGCCGCCCCUCCCAGACGCUCUGUGCCAGCCAUCGUUGGGUUCCAGACAGCUGAUGAUGAGCUCUUAGAAGAUGACGGGAUUUUCAAUAUUUCAAUAUUUAAUGAAGCUUGUUUGAAAUUGAACAGGCAUUCUAGGAAAGUUGGAUCAGAACGAAUGUACCAUUUUAAAGUUCUAGGUCAAAGGCGGUAUCUGAAUAAUUUUUAUCACGCAACAUCAUUUAACUUCACAACGAGGGAACAAACUGCAGUGGUGUGUUUAGAUCUGUAUCCGGCAACUGAUUACACAGUGAAUGUCACCCUCCUGGGAUCUCCCGAGCAGCCCUCGGUGCAAAUAACGGUAACAACCGCACGAGCAGUAAAACAGAUCGUCAGUAACAUUUCAAUAUUUAAUGAAACCUGCUUGAGAUGGAGAAGUAUGAAGACAGCUGAUACAGAGGAGAUGUAUCUAUUCCACAUUCGGGGCCAGAGAUGGUAUCAGAAGGAGUUUGCCCAGGAAAUGAUCUUUAAUAUCACUGCCAGCAGCCAGGCUCCUGAGACGUGUUUGGACCUGAGUCCAGGUACCAACUACAGUGUCAGCAUCCAGGCUUUGUCUUCUCAACUUCCUGUGGUCAUCUCUCUGACAACCCAGAUAACAGAGCCUCCCCUUCCAGAAGUAGACUUUUUCACUGUGCACAGAGGGCCUCUACCACGCCUGAGACUGAGGAAAGCCAAGGAGAAAAAUGGACCCAUCAGUUCAUAUCAGGUGUUAGUGCUUCCCCUGGCCCUUCAAAGCACAUUUGCUUGUGAUUCUGAAGAGGCUACCUCAUUCUUUAGCAGUGCUUCUGAUGCUGAUGGGUAUGUGACUGCAGAACUGCUGGCCAAGGAUGUUCCUGAUGAUGCCAUGGAGAUAACUAUUGGAGACCGGCUGUACUAUGGGAAAUAUUAUAAUGCGCCCUUGAAAAUAGGGAAUGAGUACUGCAUUAUAUUACGAAUCACAAGUGAAUGGAAUAAGGUGAGAAGAAGCUCCUGUGCAGUUUGGGCUCAGGUAAAAGAUUCAUCGCUUGCGCUGCUGCAGAUGGUGGGCGUUGGGCUGGGCUCCAUGGCAGUUGUGGUUGUUCUCGCAUUCCUCUCCUUCUCAGCAGUGUGAUUGCUGAUGCUGCGUGAAGAGGAUGCACUGCUGUUGGGGCAGAUGUUAUGACAGCUUCUCAGGUGUCUGCACAGAGGCCCCGUAUGUGCAUGGGACUGCAAUCCUAUUCCUGGAUUCAAGACGGGGACUAUCUCUUUGGAAUCCCCCAAAAGGAGGACACUUAGGAAUUGCUGAUGUCUUCCCCGCUACGUGACCAGUUCUGUGUCUCUGAACUUGAGAACCUUGAUGCACAAUGUAAUAUUGACCACAGGCUACAUAUCACAUGGGCUGGGCCUGUGUUCUCUGAGUGAUGCCUGAGAGUCAGCUCCUCUAGACACAGAAUGCAAGAGAGUCCCUGCCUCUUCCUUUACAGCAUCUCUGUUAUUAAUUCAGAAUCCAUUCUUUUACAAUAAGUAAUGAGAUAGACUUAAGUGUGGGCUAGAAUGUGACUUUAUGAAGGAGGUCAUUGCAAAGGAUAGAGAUCAUUGACCUAGGCAAACAUGUCAAAACACUUUAGAAGCAGCCCUUUUCCUACAGUUAGUUGACACACUAAUUAGAAAGUAUGCUAGCCUGCCCACUCUGGUAAGUUCCCUGCAAUGUCUGUUGGGCACCAUUGCUUUGAUACAGUUCCCUUUGUCUUAUAUGUAUCCAAAACCCAUGUCUUCAUUCCAGUAAAAAUAUUCUGUUCAUUUAGACAGUUCUCUUCCACAUGAAUGUGUAUAGCAGCCUUGGUUAACUUUUUUUAUUAUUGAGUGUUUCCUAAAAAUGCUCUGUGCUUCCAUUUAGAUUGGGUGUUCAUGUGGUAAUGAUGGGUUGCAACAAUGUGACGCCCAUGGCCAGAGUCCCUGUGUUUACAGGGGAGGGGAACAAUGCGGGUGACACAGUCGUCCCUUUUAUCUACAACAUCAGUAACUAUGAGUGUUACUUCAUCACGAACCAUGACACAUUAGAUGUAAGCCGUCCCAGGCCCUCUGUCAAUAAGCUGAGCUUACAGAUGGAGUGGAUUCGAUUUGACUUUUAAAGCCAAAUUUGAACUUUCCUCCAUAACGAAAGCGUAACUCCAAGGCUCAGCAAGGAAUGAAGGGAGAAGAGGGACAGAGGCUUGUGGCUUCUCCACGUGACAGUGGUGUCCUCCUCCACCUUCUCCCUCCCUCUCCAGGCCUGGAGAAUAGAAAACAUGGGGAGGGGAGGGGGACUGUUAUAUUUCCCAACUUGGGAGCAGCAUAGAUGAACGUGGUCCUGGAAUUGGGCCACACUCCCGUCCUGAGGAAAAGGGACAGUCUUUCCCACGUGGUGGACCGGUGUGUUCUCCACCAGCUCAUGGGCAUUGGUGAGGGACACACCUGGGCAGCCUGGGCUUGUGGGCAGAUGAGGAGACAUGAGCAACGAUAGGAACUGGUGGAAACUUUAUGAAGCUGCUCCCCCAGGGGCAUCCGGCCCAAAGCAUAUCCUCUCAUCUGGGAAGAGUCAGAGAGAGGGAAGUGAUACCCUGAUGUCUGGGUUUUCAAGGCCAGCUGUCAGCCCUGUCCCCAGUCAGUACUGGGCAGUAUUAGGAAUAAUUGUCCUUUGUCCUCUGAGGUACCAGCUCAGACUACAAUUUGGGAUCAACAUGUAGAACCCUUCCUGCUCUCAUCUCAGGUGAACUAUAGAGUAGAACUCUCAAUAGACUAAUAACUUCCUACUUUUAAUUUUUAUGUGCAGCAAUUCAACUCAGACUGUUUUCACAGCUCUUGAAUUAAAUUUGGAAUCAUUACAAAUUGUUGUGGUUAGUAUUGGGUAGGGUCUCUGAUGAGUAAGGAUUUUCCUCAGAGCCCCCUCUAACCAAAGAGAGAACUGAGCCUCUACUCCUUUGUGCCAGUUCCGUAAACACCAUAUGUUUCUGUAGUCCCCUUAAUUUCCAGUUCUAGAAUUAACUGCCAAUGAAGCUACGGUUGUCCACGUAGGAACUUAGCAUAAUGGUCAUUGAAAGGAAGAAAUCCCAUCUGCUUGGUAGCAAAAGUUUCUGGUGGACUCCUCUGGUGGUCCAGUGGUUAAGACUCCACGCUUCCAAUGCAAGUGGCGCGGGUUUGAUCCCUGGUCAGGGAACUAAGAUCCCACAUGCCAUGUCAUGCGGCCAAAAUUUUUUUUUUAAUUAAAAAAAGUUUCUGGUUAAAACAACUGACUAAAUAUUAAGUAAAAUGUACUUCUGGGUACAGUGCAGAAGUGUAGAAGCAGUUCAUGAAAGAAUAGAUUUUGUCCCCUCCUCUAAAUGUUCCAAAUUAUAGCACAGAGUUGCUCAGUGUUAAUACUUAACAGAGGUAGGUGCUGAACAUUUGCAAAAAAGAUACACCAUUUUCCUGCACUUCUUUUCUGAUCAUUUUCUCAUACAUGUGAAGACAGCUUUAAAUUCUCUGAAUUCACCUGGUAGCUUUACUACAAUACCGUCCUUUUUUUUUCCCAAUUGGAUGCCUGGUUAAGGUGGGGAGAGCAUCUCAGGAAACCAAUAGUGGGUCUUCCUAGGAGCAUACAGGGUCCUUCUGUUGAAGGACUGAUCAGGUAGCAUUCAGAGUUGGGUUAGAAGGGCCACUAAUUAAAGCUUGAUUCUCAGGUGGCGAAGGAGGAAGGAUCCUUUCUUAAUUAACUAUCUUGGGGACAGUAUGUAGAGGCAAGUGCUAAAAUCCAGUCUUGAGUCCCCUCUAGAAUAAAAAUCAAAAUUGGGGUUUGCCCAGGUAUGGGGCAGACUGUUCCCUGGCUGAUUUUUUUUUUUGUUUUGGUGCCCAUAGUUUUUAUUUAUCUCCACCAUAGUUUUUGUUUAUACGUGUUCUUUCAUUCCAUCCUCACAGAAGUUUUGUGUGGUGGUGAGGUUAGAGGUUGUCAUUUCCCCAUUUUAGAAUGGAGAGAUGGGUUCAGUCAGAUACGUAACUUCAAUUGUGGGGCUAAAUAUUCUGCCUGCAGGUCCAAUUCUCAUUCUUGGGAUUUGACAGGACCCUUUGGUUCUUAGGAGAGUCAGGCCUUUAUAUUUCCAAACCGUAUAUAUAUAUACAUACAUACACACACAUACUUUGCCUUUACUAUUAUAGCACCUAUUUCUUUUUAUACUUAUCUCUCCACUGUAAGAUACCUUCCCCCAUCACUUCUAGAAGGAUCCACAAACAACCAAAAUAGAUGGAGGUUAACUAGGAAAAAUAGGUAAUAGUCCAUCUAUGAUUCCAGACCUAAAAUUGCAGCUGGGCCCUUAAGAUUAAGACCCGAGCAGAAGUGAUGGUCUUGAAAUUCCACAGUAGCUUGGAAUAAAGUUAAUAUUUAAAUUGAUUUUAGGGGAAAUAAAAAAGAAUUCUCAAGGUUCCCUUUUUAUUACGAAUCUCAUAUUCUGAUUUCCUAAACCUUUCAUUUUUUCCAUUCGAUUCAUCAAAGAGAAAACCAGUGGUAGUAGAAGUCUAUCAAAUGGUGUUUUAAGGACCAUUUGCCUCCUACUGCAUUGUUCAUUACACUCAAGUGCCUGAUUUUGGAGAGGAAAAAGUGUGUGGCUUUUUCCAUGCGCAUUUGUUGGGGGGGGGGGGGUCAUGCAGUGAGGCAAAUCAAUUUUAAAAAGUGUAUGCCCAUUGUUUCAGGGAGAGAGAGAGAACCAAUGAGUCAUUUUGGUGACUCGCGCGCGUGCAUGUGUGUGUGUGCGUGUGUGUGUACGUGUGUGUGUUUCUCCAUACCCAUACUUCUUUGGCACAACUCAAGGUGAUCAAAAUGGGGUGAAACUACGCAUGUGGUUUGUAACAUGCUUCUUUCAUUCAUCAACAUAUCUUGGACACAUUUUUCAUGUCAAUAAUGAUGGCAUUAAAAGUUAUUACCCUAAUUUAUUUAACUGAUACUCUGUUAUGCAUUGUGCAUUUAGAAUGUUUCCAGAUGUUUACUGUCUUUAUAUACAUCUCUAUAGUUGUAUGCAGUUAUCACUUAGGCUAAAUUUCUAGACGUGAAGUUGUUGGGAUGACAAGUAUAUACAUUUUAGAUUUACUACAUAUUGUCAGAGGAAUCUCAAAGAAAGUUGAUACCAGUUUAUGCUCUCACCGGCAGGAAGCCUCAACACAACUGAGCAUCAUUGAUAUCCUUAAUCUUGAUGAAUCUGGUAGGUGAAAAAAUGGCCUUUCAAUGUUUUGUUUGCAUUUCUCUGACUAUUUUGCAUGUUGAUCGGUCAUUUGUAACUCUGUUAUGGUGAUGUGCCUUUUUUCUCAGUAGUUGGCUUGUCUUAUAUUGAUUUGGAAAAGCUCUUUGUAUUAGUAGUUUUCACUCUUAGCUGUCACAUAUGUUGUAAACAGUUUUCUACUUUAUGAUUUCCCUUUUGACCUUGUUUGUGUCAUACAUUGCCACAGAAAAACUUUAAAUUUGUCAAAUGUAUCUGUUUCUUUUUCCUUAUGUAUUUUGCCUUUGGUACCAUGUUUAGAAGGACCUUCCAAUCACAAGGUAAUAACUGUAAUUCAUCAGUUUAAAAAAAAAACAUUUAAAUCUUUGAUCUAUCUGAAACUUAGUUUAGUAUAAGGAGUGAGGUCAGGAGGGGUCCUUUUUUAUUCUUGCUAAAUGGUUUAGCCAGUUGUUCUAUGAAUAUUUCUUGACUGUUAUUUUUUCCCCUAGUGAUUUGAUUUGUAUACUGAAUCAUAUACUGCAGUCUAUUUCUGAACUUUCUCUUUUGUUCUGUGAUUUAUUUCUGUGCCAAUACCACCUGCUAUAAGUUUAAAAUAGAUUUUUCUUUUAAUACCACGUAAAAGUAAGUUACCACCCUUUUUCUGUUAAUUCUCAGAGUAUUCUCAGGUUUUAUUAUAUAUUUAUUCAUGUAUACAUAUUUAUUGUAUGUAAACUAAAGAAUUAUUUGGUCAAGUUUCCCCCAAAAUCUCCAUAUUUUUGGGGGGGAUGUGUUAAAUGAAGAGCGCUCCUAUACCCAGAACAUGCUAUGUGUCUCCAUUUAAUGUUUGCGUGUGUUCCUGUCUAGUGUAUUCUAAUUUUCAACUUACAAAGUUAUUCAUGCUUAUUUUUGGUUGUGUGUGUCUAGAUAUAUCUUGUUAUCCUGAACUCUUGAGUCAUUACCUCUGAUCCUGCCCCUGAAAGUGCAUCCCACAGCCUCUUACUGUUGGCAUUGUUGGAGUUCUCUUGCCCUGGAGAUCUACCUUUUUUGGGAGAAGUCACAUCAAGAUGGCUUCUCCAGCUCAGUUACUUUCCCGUGUAUCUACUUGACUCAUGGAAACUCACAGACCCUUGCCAUGCUAAAUGAGGGAUUGCCCCACCAUCACAGAUUGCUCCAGCCACAGACUUUAGUUUUCUUACCCAUUAGGCCCUUUGCCCUCCGUUUGUGGAAGUGUAGCUUCUACUACAUCCCAGUGUGGUUCCCACUUUUUUUGUCCUGCUCCUGAUCUGACAGCCACAGCUUAAUGACCCUUAUCCUUGGAAUCAGGUACCAGGGCGUUGUGUCCUCCUAAGUUGGAGAUCCCCUUGAAGCUCCUCUUUCCUGGCUUGCACUGAGGAAGGUCUCUUUACCUCCUACCAUCCUGGCGGGGGAUAGAAAAUGCACAAAAUGACAAUGGUUUUCCCCAAAGAACUACUUUCUUUUGGCCUCUUCAA